AUGAGCAAGCUUCUUGAUCCUGACUUGUUGGACACUACUCUUUUUGACUUAUCAGAUACUAUCGCUGAUUUUGAUGAUAAUGAUGAUAAUUUCACUAAGUUGGAUACUGCUGCCGUCUUGGACGUUGUUGUUGCUGUCUUAUACGUCUUGAGCGUCAUUGUUGCCGUUGUUUUUGAUGUUGCUGAAGACACACCUACUGAUAAUACCGGUGAUUCAUUACCGUGA